UGAUGAUGUUAAAGAAUUCACUUACAUUGAAGACUGUUUGGACGUGUCGUACGGUGGUUGCCAGUAGCCGUUCGAUGUCCUCCUUGGAAAGCAACCAUUAUACGAACAAUACGGAUUUACCACUUCCUCCUUCCAUGCAAAAAAAGACAGCACAAGAAACAAAGACCAUCAAGAAGGAGUUAUUCUCGGAUGAGACCAGAACCAGACUUGAACGUCUUCGCCAACACCGUUUUCAUCCUUCCAAUAUUCCGGAUUCUCCUGAUUUUGGUACCAAUCAACACAUGAAUAUUAACGAGGAAUUAAAAUUACAAUUAAAAAACGUCGUUUCACAAUUUAAUGCACCCGUAAGAUAUGCUGUUGCAUACGGAAGCGGCGUCUUUCACCAAUCUGGCUACGAUGAAAAGAAAAAACCAAUGGUCGACUUUAUCUUUGGUGUAAGUCAUCCAGGUCAUUGGCACGCUUUAAACAUCCAACAAAACCCUCAUCAUUAUUCAAGUGUCCGUUGGCUGGGUUCCGGCGCCGUCACUUUAUUACAAGAAAAGAUAGGUGCUGGCGUCUACUUUAACCCUUAUGUGCAAGUCAAUGGCAUGAACAUUAAAUACGGUGUGGUAUCCAUAGAGAAACUAUGCAAAGAUUUGAUCGACUGGGAAACGCUUUAUUUGGCAGGCCGUAUGCAUAAACCAGUAAAGAUUCUUCGUGAUGAUUCUCGGGUGCGUUUAGCCAACCAAGUGAAUUUGACCGAAGCAGUACGAGUAGCCCUUUUGACUUUACCCGAAAAAUUUUCAGAGAAAGAACUUUAUGAUCGUAUUGCUGGUAUCAGUUACAAGGGUGAUUUCCGCAUGAUUAUUGGCGAGAACCCCAAUAAAGUCCAGAAUAUUGUGAACACACAGAUGGAGAAUUUCCAUCGACUUUAUUAUGGCUUAUUGGAUGAUUUGCCUAAUGUCACCACAUUAAACGGAGGACAACUUCAGCAGAGUGAUAACCCUAGAUACCGCGGUUUGAUGGUCAAGAAGUUACCCAAGACAUUAUAUGAUAAAGUCAUUCGACAACAUCGCAAUUAUGCUUGUAGUCAUCAGAUAGACAUUCCCCAGGAUAUGACGGCCGUUUAUGAACAAGUGGCUCAGUCCGAGGCCUUGCGGAAUUACAUUGAUGAUAGUCUCACCGAGAUUAUUGCGGGUACCGCCAUCACCCAAAGUAUCAAAGGCAUAUUCACUGCCGGUACUUUGAAAACCGGUCGAUAUGCUGGGGCUAAAUUAAGUAAAUGGUGGGCUGCUAAAAAGUAAAUAUCAUACCCCCCCCUUUUCAUCUAAUAGACCUUGCACACAUAACACUCAAAAAAAUAAUAAAAAUGUCAUAAUAUAAAAAAAAAAACCUUAAUUAUAAAAAUAAGCUAAAAUAAAAAAAACUUUUUUU